GCUGCUGGGCUUAAGGCAUUAGUGAUCGCUCGACCGGUGCAGAAAGCCCUGAAGAGCGCUGCUCGACGUAAGUGCGACAGCUCGCGCGGUGCUGGAGUAAAACGCCCGGGGCCUGCGAGCCAGGAGCCUUCUGAAGCGUGAGGUGUCUGUCUGCAACCUGUGCUGUCACUGCAGCCCCGGCGCGCGGAACUCUCAGCCAGGAGGCGCAGCUGGCCGGCCCCGGGCCCCGGGCCCCGGCCUCCGUAAUGAGAACCCGGAGCCACUCUCUUUGCCGCAGCUUCGCAGGUGAGGGUGACUGUUGACUCGUGAAAAAAGGGACCCAAGGUUCAUGACUGUCUUCUUACUGGCAGUGGAAUGACCUGUGGAAACCUGCGAUCCAUUGUCAUUAAAUAAAUCUCUGGCAGCCUUAACCUCCUGGACUCAGACAAUGCUAUCUCCUACCUCGGCCUCCUGAGUAGCUGGGACUACAGAUUCCUAUAGGCAAUGGAAACUGAUCUCAAUUCCCAAGACAGGAAGGACCUGGACAAGUUUAUUAAAUUUUUUGCCCUCAAGACUGUCCAAGUGAUUGUCCAGGCUCGACUUGGUGAAAAGAUUUGCACUCGUUCUUCUUCCUCCCCAACGGGUUCUGACUGGUUUAACUUAGCAAUCAAAGACAUCCCAGAGGUUACUCAUGAAGCAAAGAAGGCACUGGCAGGGCAGCUGCCUGCUGUUGGGAGGUCUAUGUGUGUGGAGAUCUCACUCAAGACUUCUGAGGGAGAUUCCAUGGAACUGGAAAUAUGGUGUCUUGAAAUGAACGAAAAGUGUGAUAAAGAAAUCAAAGUUUCCUACACGGUGUACAACAGACUGUCACUGCUGUUGAAGUCCCUUCUUGCUAUAACCAGAGUGACACCAGCCUACAGACUCUCCAGAAAGCAAGGCCAUGAAUAUGUCAUCUUAUACAGGAUAUAUUUUGGGGAAGUUCAGCUGAAUGGCUUAGGAGAAGGCUUCCAGACAGUUCGCGUUGGGACAGUGGGUACCCCAGUGGGCACCAUCACUCUGUCUUGUGCUUACAGAAUUAACUUGGCUUUCAUGUCCACCAGGCAAUUUGAGAGGACCCCACCUAUCAUGGGGAUUAUCAUUGAUCACUUUGUGGACCGUCCCUUUCCUAGCUCCUCUCCCAUGCACCCCUGCAAUUACAGGACUGCUGGUGAGGAUGCUGGAGUAACAUACCCAUCUGUGGAAGACUCUCAGGAAGUGUGUACCACCUCUUUUUCCACCUCCCCUCCAUCCCAGUGUGUGUUUACUGUCACAAAGGCACAUUUUCAGACCCCUACUCCUGUGGUGACGGACACCCUGAGAGUCCCCAUGGCAGGACUGGCCUUUUCCCAUCAACUUUCCAGCUCUCGUCUUUCCUAUCAGCCUGCUGUCCUGGGCGUUGGAUCAGCUGACCUGGCUUAUCCAGUAGUGUUUGCUACUGGCUUAAAUGCUACACACCCUCACCAGCUAAUGGUUCCCGGGAAGGAAGGUGGGGUACCCCCUGCUCCCAACCAACCUGUCCACGGUGCCCAGGCUGACCAGGAGAGAUUGGCAACCUGCGCCCCUCCUGACGGGGCCCACUGUGCUGCCACACCUUCCAGCAGUGAGGACACCGAAACCGUAUCAAACAGCAGUGAGGGUCGGGCCUCCCCUCACGAUGUCUUGGAGACCAUCUUUGUUCGAAAAGUGGGGGCUUUUGUCAACAAACCCAUCAACCAGGUGACCCUAACAAGUUUGGAUAUACCCUUUGCCAUGUUUGCUCCCAAGAAUUUGGAGCUAGAGGAUGCCGAUCCCAUGGUGAACCCUCCAGGUUCCCCAGAGACCGAAUCUCCUCUCCAAGGCAGCCUGCACUCAGAUGGCUCCAGUGGGGGCAGCAGUGGCAAUACCCACGAUGACUUCGUUAUGAUCGACUUCAAACCAGCUUUUUCUAAAGACGACAUUCUUCCAAUGGACUUGGGGACCUUCUAUCGUGAGUUUCAGAACCCUCCUCAGCUGAGCAGCCUCUCCAUAGAUAUUGGAGCACAGUCCAUGGCUGAAGACUUGGACUCGUUACCAGAGAAGCUGGCUGUGCACGAGAAGAAUGUCCGAGAAUUUGAUGCCUUUGUAGAAACCCUGCAGUAAAAGUUUCCUGAGUACCAGCAGCAUCCCCUUUUUGUGGCCCCAGGAGACAGAGAGCCUCCCACGCACCAGCUGCUCCCAUCCCUCAUCCUGCUCCAAACCAGGUGGACAGGAGGACGGUUUCCCCAUGAGGACCUGGAAGUCCUUGCUCCUGGACUUCCUGGUGACUCCAUGGCGGCAGUCAAGCCCAGCACAGCAUUUGAGAGGACUCACCCGUGGCCUUGGAGAUGGAAAGACCUUUGCACAAGAAGGCCCUCAGCAGGGCCAUCUGCGUCCCUGCCCGUCAUCAACUGCUUUACAAAGGUGUCAUCCUGUUCCUCCUGCCGCCAGCUCCUGCCUGGGCCUGCCCUACAGCUGACCUCUUGCCUGCCCGUCGUUACCAUCAACCAUUUGACAUUCCAGCUGGUGGCUCAACAACUGGUGCGGAGGCAGAAAGAGGAAGGAGACAGUGCUGGGAGGGAGAAGGGAGGGGUCCUGUUUUACUCUCCAUCGUCCUCUCUGCUUCCUGCUGGCUUCUUCUUCCUUCCCUCCCUCUCUCUGCCCCUGGGUCUGUACUUCUGGCAAUAUGACAGGCCUGCCUUUCCCAUUCCCAGAGGCUGGGAGGGUACGAGCAGCCCUGGAGGCUGCCUGUGCCCAGCUCCUUAGCUGCACAGGAAGUAACAGCAGAAUCCUGUCUCUGGUAUUCUGUCCCUGGGAGUCACAGCAAAAGUCCUCUUUUCUCUCCUCCCCUCAUUGCUGCUCCUUGGUUAUAGAACACGGUAAAUAUUUAUUACUCUCAGAGAAAUCAGAUAUUUUAUAGAGAAAAUACGUUUGAGGUUAGAUGUUUUCAUGUGGGGAAGGUGGAGGGCCUCUUUCUGGGCCAGAGGUCCCCUCCUGGGGAGGGUCUUGAGUCCAGGUUGCUGCUCUGAGGAUCUCCCUACCCACUAUAUAUAAGGCGGGAUCCAAGAAUAGGGCUGCUGAGGGCGAAGAAACCUCCCAGAAUCGCUGCGUUUGAACCAACGACAGGCUAUCCACUUGUGUGUUCCUGGUGACGCCUAAACUUCCCAGUUCUGCAGAGUGACUGACUCUAUUCUGGCAGCCCAGGAAGCCUUGGGUGCUAAUGUGUGGUGAACACAGGUGGUGCCCAGGGGACAUUGUGUGUGUUUCCUGCUGCUGGGACACUUGUUUCUGAUCCUUGGGGCGGGAGCAUGGAACUUCUCCUGCUUGGGCCUGGCCACCCCCUCCCUUUCAUCCCAGGUCUGUUCACUGCCCUGGGGUUGACAAGCUGGAUGGGCUCUUUGUUGAGAAACCAAAGCUGGGCCUGCGAUUGACUUAACCCUUCAGGUAUUGUUGCUUGCAUAAGUCAAGUGCCUAGCCUCACCCACCUACCAUCUGUCCUCUCCCAGCCUCGCUGUUGGCCAUGGCCAAGGAGAGCUAGGCCUGCUGAUUCCUCCUGUCCCAUCUGGGUACUUAUUGGCAGCAGCUGGGCUUCAGCAAGCAGGUGGCUCCCAAUUGCUUGUUAGUAAACCGCAUGUGACACUGUUCCCACCUACAAGGCUGACCUCUAAGGCUUGGAAGCGGGUGCGGGAGGGGAGCCCUGGCCCUGUGCAUGUGUCUGUUGCCACAAAGAAAUAUUGCCAGUGGUGGUGGCCAGCUGGUUCUCCCGUCUUGGGACCAGAGCACAUGUGUGGCCUGCUGAACCAGAGUGACCCUUCAGGUCUGUGCACUGAAAUGGAGAAGGCCCCUGGUAAGUUAUUGCUGCCCUGUGUCUCAGCCGCUGCCCACUUUCCAAGGUCUUGCAUGGAAAGGCCUGUUAGCCUCAUCUGAGACUCCCUUACGGUUGGCCCCUGUAGACAGAAGCCUUUUUCACCAGGGCCCAUCUGUAAAGAGGCCAGGGAGGCACAGCCUUGACUUUGAGCUGAGCCUGGGAGGAGCAAAGCAACUGUCAAGGCCGGCCCUUGCCUCCCAGCCCCGAACCAUAACGGUGUGAGCCCUAGACUGACUCCUGCAGCACCCUGGGGACAGGUGGGACCAGCCAUCUCUCCAGGUGGCAGAGUCCCUCCUUCAAUCUACUUUGUUUGGAAAUACGCAACUAUACUUCCAAAUGUAUUCAAGAGAUUUCUAAUAAAAUUUUUUUGUGUACUUUA